UCCGCUUGGAAUAUUAUAAAGUGGUUUGGCACUGGGAUUGUUAUCACCGCAUUAUUCAAUCUUAGCUUCACCAACUGGCACAACCACUGGAAUGAGAGAAUUAUUCUUAAUGCCUUUGAACAUGGUUCCUGUUCAGAACCUGAUGUUAAACAGAAACAGCUGAUUUACUGUGAGGUUGUUAUCAAGGAACUGAGACGAAUUCUAGAGCCGAUCUCUGACCAUAGCUCUUACCACGUCGUUGUUGGGAACCACGGAACUGGUAAGACCACAGUGAUCCGGCAGUGUGCUAGAGAUGUUGGAAAAGAGGUCAUUUAUGUUGAUGUCCCCCCUGUAUUGAAUCGCUUCAUUAGUAAUCUUGCAAAUGCUAUUGGAUAUUCAUUCAUGGAGUAUGUGUUCUUCAUUGAAACAUUUAAGCGGAAGAUUCUAGGCAAUAGUGAGUCCGGUUUUUUUGUGUCCUGGAUGCCUUCGAGAGAGGAGCUAGAAAAUACAAGCAAACCUCCAGUGUUGAUCCUCGACAACAUAAAUAAGCUGGGCCAGGAAAAUGCGAACAUGUUGAAGAAUUUGCAGGACAUCGCAAAGCUUUAUGCUGACCAGAGCAGUUGCAUCAUUGUAUUUAUUAGUAGCGAGGGAACAGCGCCACAUAUGAUGAUGCAACGAUCAUCAUGGUCACGCGCUGAAAAAGACCCCAUUGUCAUCGAAGACCUAACUAGCAAAGAGGCAUUCACCUACCUCCACAACAAACUUGGCAUUGAGAAAGAGGUCACCAAUCAACUUAUCCAACUCUUAGGUGGCCGGAUUCGUGAUCUUAAGGAAUAUGGUAAUAGAAUAAAUAGAGGCAAGACAUUCGAAAGUGAGAGCAUUUACUAUCUGGACAAUGAUGAUGGUAUUUUGCAAGAAUAUUGUGUAAACGUUCUCAUCAUACUUAAUAUUUUGCUUUCAGAGGUUCAUAAAACUGUGAUCCAUGCUGUUAAUCACAACUUUCACCAGGCUGAGAUGAUGGAGGGCGAAAAAAAUCAUGUCAUUGGCAAAGUCAUUGUCCAAAAGUUGGUAAAAAAUGAAAAAAUCGAUUUUGAUACAUUCAUCAAGCUCGUCAACAACAAAAAAAUAGCUGAUGAACUGCUACAGGCCAAUGUUUUCUCAUAUAACCCGGAAAGCAGAACAGUCACCUUCCAGUCUCGCGCAACUGAAGUUUUUGUGAGAGAGAGUCCAGAAUUUCGUUGA